AUGAGCACAUCAGAAACCACGAUCCAGGGAGGCGCCAGUAAACAUUCUAGUCCCCACGAUGGUCUUGUGUGUAAACCUCUCCGUUUUGUUCGGCCAUCGGAAGCCAGCGAGAAUGUCGGAAAGUCUGCUGUCGUUGAAACCCAAGUGUCGGGGAAGGCAGCCGCAAAGAGUGAGUGCUGUGUGGCAGGUGAGACAACUGGCGGUACCCGAGUGCCCGAGCAGCCCAGUUGCUUGGUUAUCCAGACUCCUUCGUCUUGCAAUGAAAAUAGUGGCUGCGAAGGGGAACAGGGAGGGACCGUUUCUAGUGAAGGGUCCUCCCGCAGUUCUAUCACUGGGUGUCCCUCUCAAGCCGGCUCAGAACCGUACCCUUUACGCCCGAGCGUAGAGGGACAAGACGACCGUCAGGAUGUGGCUUGGACUACGGUAGUAACAGAGGCGCCUAAGGAAACAGGACAAGCUGGAGUGAUUAAUAGCGGCUCUGACGGCGCUACUAACCCGCAUCAACAACCCUGCAGUUGGGCGUAUGGCGAAAGUGUUGGGGGUUUAGGAGGGGUACAGAUAGGUCAAAUGUCCUGCCCGAGCAACCCGUUUGAAAGCCAAGAGUCACGGAGAGUGGCAGAAGAAGAUGAAUCUAUUUUAGAAGUUGCCAGUGCUCCACAAACUAUUGCGAUUCAACGCAGCACGUCCUUGAUGGAUGCUCCACCCUCUUGUAUAUUGCAGGAUGAUUCUGUAUCACAGGUGGAGCAGCUCAGGAGCAUUACCUCACAGGAGUCCUCGACGGCACCGGCUAAUUGCACGCCCACUGCCCGAUCAUCCGCAGAUGAAGAGGGUUCUGCAAUUGACAGUACAGGCUGCUCUAACAAGAGCUCAACCGUGCCAGCGAACCUCGGCGAAGGUGCAUUAGCGGAAAUGCACGGGGAUCUCAGUGCUCGCAUUCUUCCCCCGUUGCCAAAUCGUAACGGAGAGAAUUCAGAAGUGGAAGCAGUGGAUAUACAGCCGAAGCCUGUUGCCGCCGAUGCUGUGCAAGGCACUGUGGAGGAACAGGCACUUGGGCAAACCUGGAACCGUGCAACAUCAACAGAGGGUGCAACCGCCUGCACUCCCCUUCAGGAUGCUUCAGAACGGGAUGCAUUUUCAGAGACGAUUGAUACAGGAAUGUGCCGAACGGAGGCCCCUGCGGGCCAGGGGAGCUGUGCGACCGUUUCGCAAGACGAAUUGAAUUUUCUGGCACGGAAGCUUACCGAUUUACUGCGUACUGCAGCAGAGGAAAUUCGACUCUUAAAUAUUGGUUCUCUUGCAGAUUUGACGAGGAGCGACGAGCACGGCCAGAACAGAAACCCAGCGGUGGGUGAACCUGCACUUACAACUUCAGGGGGCGUUGAUAGUUAUAGCGUGCCUGUUUCUGGUAACGACCAAGACGCAGAAUCCCUGCCUAGUUCCAGAGCUUCGUCGGCUGAUACGGAGAGACAAGCAGUGCCUGCUGCGCUUCCAGGGAGUCAAACACCUCACCACCCACCGGACUAA